ACCCAGCAAAAAAUUUAUUCAAGUCACCUUAUUUAUCUGUCACAAUGAAUUCACAAAUCCUUUCAUUUCCAUUCCUCAUUUUGUUUUUCUUGUUUCUCUUAAUCUUAUGGAACAAAUUCAAAACCAUCAGAAAUACCAAACUUAACCUACCCCCUGGCCCACGUAAGCUUCCCAUCAUCGGAAACUUACACCAGUUAACCGGCGGUGUUCUCCAUCAUAAACUUCGAGACCUAGCAAAGAAAUAUGGGUCUGUUAUGCACUUACAAAUCGGAGAAAUUCCGACAAUAAUAAUCUCUUCACCAGAAAGUGCAAAACAAGUGCUUCAAACACAUGACCUCAUCUUUGCUCAAAGGCCCUUCCUUUUAGCGGCAGACAUCAUAUUGUAUAAGGCGGCAGAUAUUGCUUUUGCACCCUAUGGCGACCACUAUAGACAACUCCGAAAAAUUUGCAUGUUAGAGCUUCUUAAUUCGAAACGUGUCCAUUUGUUCCGACCAAUCAGAGAAGAAGAGGUAUCAAAUUUCAUCAGAGCAAUUUCCUCUAGUGCAGGUUCACCUAUCAACCUUACCAAAAUGUUACACUCUUUGUCGUCUAAUAUCACUGUAAGAGCAGCUUUUGGCGACAAAUGCCCGCUCGACCUAGAAGAAUUCUUACCACUUGCCCAGGAUGUCUUAAACUCAGUGUCGGGCCUUAGUAUGGCUGAUUUAUUUCCUUCUUUCAAAUGGCUCCAUGCUAUUACUGGUAUUCAUUAUAGACUCAGAAAAUUGCACAAAAAAGUUGAUUUGGUUCUUGAGAAGAUAAUCAAUGGACAUAGAAUCUCUAGAGCUGCAUCAGAAAUUAAUAUAAUGGAUGAAGACAUACUCCAUGUUUUCUUAAAUCUCCAAGCGAAAGGGAAUCUUGAUCUUCCCUUAACUAUCGAUAGUAUCAAAGCGGUCAUACUGGACAUUGUUAUCGGAGGGACUGAUACAUCGGCGACAACUAUAGAAUGGGCAAUGUCCGAAUUAAUAAAAAAUCCAAAAUCGAUGAAGAAAGCGCAAGCAGAGGCUAGACAAGUUUUUGACGGAAAAAGAAUUAUUGGUGAAUUAAAGUAUUUAAAGUUAGUUAUCAAAGAAACGUUAAGAUUACACCCUCCUGCUCCACUCCUAGGCCGUAAAGAACUUAACGAGCAGUGUCAGAUCAGUGGUUUUGAUAUUCCAGCAGGGACCCGAGUGUUUGUAAAUGCAUGUGCACUCGGAAGAGAUCCUAAUUAUUGGUUUGAAGCCGAGAAAUUUAUUCCAGAGAGAUUUAUUGAUAAUCCGCUUGAUUUUAGAGGAGCCAAUUUCGAAUAUUUGCCAUUUGGUUCUGGAAGAAGGAUUUGUCCAGGUUAUAUAUUUGGCAUGGCGAAUAUCGAGCUCGCGUUAGCACACUUAUUAUACCAAUUUGAUUGGGAACUUCCUAAUAUUACAGAAAAAGAAGAUCUAGACAUGACAGAAGAACUGGGCGCAGUAGUAAAAAGAAAACAUGAUUUAUACCUAAUUCCUAUCCCAUAUACCAUCAACUUCCUACAGACCAGCUGAAUUCGAGCAUGUUGCACUUAUCCGAUAAGUGAUAGUUCAAUAUCGGAUUAAAAUUUUACGCGGUUACGAACUAUAAACUUCUUACCUUCGAUUUGUAUUGUUUUACUUUUUAUAUUUUAAUAACUCAACUUCUAUUUUUUCGAAAUAGAAAGUUACUACUAUAAUAAUUCCCAGAAUUAAUGGCUUAUGUGGUAACAUUAGAUGUCACAUAAUUUCUCGUCGGUCACAUAUGCGAUAAUAUCUCUGAAUAUAUUAAGUACCUCCUGUUGUUGACGAAAUAAAAAUUGAGUUACUAAAAUGUAAAGAAUAAAAUGGUGAAA